AGAUUCCGUGUCGCAAUCAGUGUGACAUCUCAUUCUCCCCACCACCUUCCCAAUCAGCCCCUCACCAUUCAACUAUCUCUCUCUCAGUCUUCUCUCCAUCGUCGUAUAAACCUCAAACAAAAACCCAAUCAAAUCAAAAUUCACUUCUUUAUCUCUUAGAUCCGCUCUUCUUUAAUGGCUUCCUCUAAAGACCGCGAGAACUUUGUCUACAUCGCCAAGCUCGCUGAGCAAGCAGAACGCUAUGAUGAAAUGGUUGAUGCGAUGAAGAAAUUAGCGAAAUUGGAUGUGGAGUUAACAGUUGAAGAGAGAAAUUUGCUUUCAGUAGGAUAUAAGAAUGUGGUUGGAGCAAGAAGAGCGUCGUGGAGGAUAUUGUCAUCGAUUGAACAAAAAGAGGAGGGUAAAGGGAAUGAUCAAAAUGUUAAGAGAAUUAGGGAGUAUAGGCAGAAAGUUGAAUCUGAGCUUUCUAACAUUUGUAGUGAUAUUAUGACUGUUAUCAAUGAGCAUCUCAUUCCUUCGGCCACCGUUGGCGAAUCCACUGUCUUUUAUUAUAAAAUGAAAGGGGAUUAUUAUAGGUAUCUUGCCGAGUUUAAGUCCGGUGAUGAGCGGAAAGAGGCUGCUAAUCAGUCCAUGAAAGCUUAUGAGAGUGCCACUACCACAGCUGAGGUUGAGCUACCUCCUACACACCCCAUACGCUUGGGCUUGGCUCUCAAUUUCUCAGUCUUUUAUUACGAGAUUUUGAAUUCCCCUGAAAGGGCAUGCCACCUUGCCAAGCAAGCUUUUGAUGAAGCUAUCUCAGAGCUCGACACUUUGAAUGAGGACUCAUACAAGGAUAGCACCUUAAUCAUGCAGCUUCUUCGAGACAACCUAACUCUGUGGACGUCUGACAUUCCAGAGGAAGGAGAAGACAUUCAGAAGGCAGAUCUUGCUACAAAAGUACAUGCUGGUGAUGAUGCAGAGUGAACUGCCUUAGUAUUCAUCAUGAUGAAGCUAUAAAGUAAAUGGUUUUUUAUGUUCUUUUGCGUUGCAUAACAUGGCAUGGUGCCUUGUGGGCUAUUGAAGGCAUUGAUGCACACAUAAAUACAAUAGUCCUCCAAGUUGUGGCCCCCGUGCCUCUCCCCUGGCAUCCUUGGAAGAUAAGGUUUGAGGAAUGGGUGGAAGAUGGCCAUGAACCAGUUUCGAUCAUUUGUUGUCUUUUUCAAGAUUGAGAGUUGUUUUUUUUCCCUUAAUUUUCUCGCCCAAAUGAUAUUCUUCAUUUGAAUACUUUUCGGUAUGUAUGAAACUGCAUAUCAUCAUUAUGAUGAACUAUGAUUUGAGUCCAUAAAUUUUGAA